CCACCAGUAUUGGGGAUGCUGAGCUGUGGGGUACAGGCCUGAGGAGGGGUGGGAGUAAGAAGGGCUGUGGAAACUGUCAGGCCAUGAACCAGGCUGACCCUCGGCUCAGAGCAGUGUGCUUGUGGACUCUCACAUCAGCAGCCAUGAGCAGAGGUGACAACUGCACGGAUCUGCUGGCACUGGGAAUCCCCUCCAUAACCCAGGCCUGGGGACUGUGGGUCCUCUUAGGAGCUGUGACGCUGCUAUUUCUCAUCUCGCUGGCUGCACACUUGUCCCAGUGGACCAGGGGCCGGAGCAGGAGCCAUCCAGGGCAGGGACGGUGGGUGAGGGACAACAGGGAUGGGUUGACUGAGAGUUCUCUCUUACCGAGAAGUCCCCACUCAUCCCCUAAACUGUGUUGCAGCUCUGGAGAGUCUGUGGAAGAGGUCCCGCUGUAUGGGAACCUGCAUUAUCUACAGACAGGACGGCUGACUCAAAACCCAGAGCCAGACCAGCAGGAUCCAACUCUUGGAGGCCCUGCCAGGGCUGCAGAGGAGGUGAUGUGCUAUACCAGCCUGCAGCUGCGGCCUCCUCAGGGUCGGAUCCCCGGCCCUGGAACCCCUGUCAAGUACUCGGAGGUGGUGCUGGACUCUGAGCCAAAGUCCCAGGCCUCGGGCCCCGAGCCGGAGCUCUAUGCCUCAGUAUGUGCCCAGACCCGCAGGGCCCGGGCCUCCUUCCCCGAUCAGGCCUAUGCCAACAGCCAGCCUGCAGCCAGCUGAGAUGGAGGGCCUGGCACAGCGGGGCGUGCACUGCCCCAGCCCCCCGUAGCAGGGGCAUGACUGUUUCCCAACCAGCACCCAAAGACAGGCGCCAUUGCCAAGUCACAGGAUGUGAUCUACCCCGGACUUCCUAUCUGAGCUUCAAGGGAGACAUCUCAAGGCAAAGCUUUCGUGAUGGAGGAGGCAAAGACAGUAGCCCCCUCCUCAUUUCUUUUUUCUAUCUGUUCCUCUUAGCCCCCAAACUCCCAGGUUCUCACUUCCUUCUUCUGGAGUUUAACCAGAUCCUCCCCACCCCCGCUCCCUCAUAGUCUACCCCCACGCCUCAGUGUCUCCUCAGGCACAGGAAGUGGGCAGUGGGGGAGGGGUAAGGGCCUGACAGUGGGUGGGUGGGUAUAUUCCUCGGGAGUCCACAGACUGGAGCGGACCUGGAACUUAGAGACGGGAGGGACCCGAGCCUGGCUUUUGACCUAACAACCCUAGCAGGAGAAUAUAGUCUCCAUCCUGCUGUCUCUGUCCUGUCCCCAAGUUUUCAAAUAAAACUUUCCAAAAAGUGUU